CUUUCCCUUUCAUAAAUGGUUGUUCCAGGAAAGCGAAGAUAUGAACCUUUUCAAGACGAUGAAGACUACUUCCUUCAAGAGGAACAUUCUCUUCCAUAUCAGAGGAGAAGUAGAACCGAUACAAAAACAGGAGCCAAUAACGAAAGCAACGAUGAAUUUGUUUACAUCGUGUCACUCAUAGAGAAUAAGUCUAAAGAAGUGGGAAUAGCUGCUUACAAUUUAAAGUCGUUCGAAGUAGAGCUUCGACAAUUUGUAGAUAAUAACACUUACUGGACCACAUUAUCUACAUUAUGUGUGUUAAACCCUGUCGAGAUUCUCAUAUCUUCUACGAGUACUGGAAAAAGCAUGCACAAUGCACUUCUCCUCAAUCCUAUAAUAGCCAAUGUUCCAAUGACAACUCUAGAUAGAAAAUACUUUAAUGAUACUCAAGGAAUGCUAUAUUGCGAAAAACUCACUGUUGAAAAGGAUAAUCUGCAGGACUUAAUUGGCAGACAGGUUCCAAGAUACUUAGCUCUGGCAGCAUGCUCGGCUUUGAUCAAAUAUGUGGAAAACGUCCAAUGUUGUACCUUUGCUCGAGGAACUCUAAGAUUGAAAUUUAAGGACAAUGAGGACACUCUUCUUAUGGAUUAUGAAACGCUGCAGAGUCUGGAAAUUGUUUCUUGCAAUGCUAAAGUUUGUGGAAUUCCUAAUCCUCAACAUAGUACUGUUUUGAGAAACUUAAAUUUUUGCAAAACAAGAAUUGGAACAAGGUAUCUCCGAAAAAGUCUUUUGGAGCCGCCUUGUGAUUAUGCAACUAUUACAACCAGACAAGAAGCUUUGAAAGAACUUACACAAAAUGAAAGUUUAUUCUUUCAAAUACAAACGAGUCUAGUUCAGUUCCCGGAUUUGGAAGGAAUUCUAAGUCAAAUAAUUCAGGUCCAAAAAAGAGACGAUGUCGACAGAAGAAAACGUCCUGGCCUCUUGGAAUCAGAAAUUCAAACUGUAGAUAUAAAAUUAAUAAGAAAUUUCUUGCUAUUGACAAAAGCACUUGGCCAAGUCCAUGCUAUUCUGGAUGCAGUGUGUCGAGGUCGAAGUCCAUUGAUUGCCUCUAUUUCAACAAGUCUCCGAAAUCCAUCUCUAUCCAACAUGUUCAACUUGGUUACUCAAGUUAUUGAUAGUGAAUCUCCAUCAAACAGAACUGGAGAUAAGAUAAGACUUGAAGGUGCUUAUGCUGUUCGCUCAGGUCGCAACGAGCUUUUAGACUUGUCCAGGAAAAUUCUUUCUGAAACCAUUGACCAGAUUCAUCACUAUUUCCAAAGUCUUCAGAAUAUUCCCGGGUUUGAAAGGGCUUCAUUGGCUUAUUCGCAAUCGAGAGGUUAUCAUAUUAAGUUGAUAAGCAGUCAAUUACCAGACAUUGAAGAGGAACUUUUAAGACUUGCACAAAACGCAAAUAUAUUUCGUUUUACUACAAGAACACUCAAUGGACUCAAUAUCCGUUGCAGAGAAACAUUGAAUGAUAUUAUUCGAAUAACGAAUCAAGAGCUUCAAAUGCUCCUCAACGAAAUCUGGAAUGCCGAAAACAUGGUUUCUCUUCACUGCCUUUGCGAUGCUAUUGGAAUUCUGGACUGUUUAGCAUCAUUUGCAUCCUAUGUCUCCAAAAGUGAAAGACUAGUUCUCCCUAAAAUCUCUACAAAGGGUCCCAUUGCUAUCAAAAAUGGUCGACAUCCGCUUUUAGAGAAACAAAUCAAAAACUAUGUACCCCAUGACACCUUUCUAAGCGCUGCUUCCUCUUUUUAUCUCAUAUCUGGUUCUAAUAUGUCCGGGAAAACAACAUUUAUGAAAGCUGUGGCUUCUAUAUGCGUUCUUGCUCAUGCAGGGUGUUUUGUACCUGCCGACUUUGCAUCUGUCUGCUUGAUCAACAGAAUUAUUGUUCGUACAACCACAAACGACUCUGCUGAGGAGAACUGUUCGUCCUUUUCAAAAGAAAUGCGAGAAACUGCUUCCGUUCUAUGUUGUCUUGAAGAAAUGGAAGCUAAAUAUCAGCUACGAGAAGCUAGACAAAAUAAGCCUAUAAUACUUGUAGUGUUUGACGAACUUGCAAGAGCAACAAGUCCCAUGGAAGGAUUCUCCAUCGCAUUUGCAGUAGCAGAACAACUCGUCGCAUCUCCAGUUGCAUAUUGCCUGUUUUCCACACACUUUCAAGAAAUGUCGCUAUUUGAAGAUUUAUACGCUUGCGCAAAGAGUUUCUAUUUGACUUCUUCCUUUACUAAGGACGAUUCCGACAACUCUGGAAGCCAAAACGCUCACGUUCUCACACGCGGCUUUAUCAAGGAAAAAAACUAUGGGAUCGCUACUGCAAAGGAGGCAGGAUUUCCAUCCAACGUCAUCUCCUUGGCAGAGCAACUUGUCGACAAUUUUACACAACAAAUUAGCCGGUGUUUAACCAAAGAUUCCUCAGCACAGGAGGAACAAUGCAAGAAAGAAUUUUCUCUGCUCCAAAAACUCAUAGUCUUGAAAAACGCAGGACUAGAAAAGGAAAGGUUGAGACAGAAACUAGCCCAUAUAUGGGAGGAGAACAUGGGUGAGAGUAUGGAACAAGACUUGGCAAAUGUCAUUGAUCAAGGUGAUACAGAAGCAUUAUAUCGCUUAUUGGCACCGGUGCAACAAAGUCAGUCGAAAACUACAUCAAACGGAAAAGAAACGAAAAAGAAUUAUUCGGAAGUGAAAGAAAAUAAGGAGACUUUUCAAGAAAGGUUUGACGAGUUGUUUCUGACAGAGAAAGAGCAACUACAAUUACAGCCUCUGCUUCAACAGUUUCCGUUUCUAGAUUCUGAAGACAUUCUUUCCAUUUACGAAGCAUGUAAUGAAGACAAAGACCUUGCAAGAACCGUCCUGGAAUCGUUGGUGAACUCAGAAGCUAUAAAAAAUAAUAAUGUCCCUGGUGAUAAUCUGGAGCUUGACACAGAGGGUUACUCGAAAGCACUUCAAGAGUGGUCACAAAAUUUCCCUUCACUGCAAAGUGUUUCGGAGAAUCAAAUGGAGAAGCCUUCAGUUGACCUUGGAAAGGUGGUUUCUGAUUCUCGCUCGCUGGUAUUUAAACUUCGUUUACGGAAGCUCGCAACUUUGUUCCCCAAUGUGGAGGAGACGAACAUUGCUCACUGUUUAAACGCAAACGAUUGGAAAUACAAGGAAACUUUUUCUGAAUUGGUCAAAAGGAGCAUCAAAGACGAUAGUUCUCCAAAGCCAGUCCAUACGACGAAACAGUUGACGGAAAGAAGUAAUAAGAAAAGUACGAUGGAUAUUUCCAAGGAAAUUCGGCUAGAUAAAGGGACAACAAAGAAUAUUUGGGUAUCAACUGGAACCACAGUGGGAGAUUUGUAUGAAAAGUCUCGAUUGCAGGCAAAGGAGUUGGCAAGUUUGCGCAACCAAAUGUUUAUGCAAGCAGCUCGUGCAGCUUCUAAUGGUAAUAAACGUGCAGCGUCAGACUAUGCCCGAAGAGGACACGAAUACAAUCAGAUAAUGAAACAGUUACAUGAAGAAGCAGCUGACGCCAUUUUUACUGAAAGAAACUCAAAUGCAGACUUCGUAAUAGACUUACAUGGUCUUCAUGUAAAGGAAGCCAUAGUUAUAUUGGAAAGAAAAUUUCAAGAACUAGAGUCGAGAAGAAGCAAUGAAUCGUUUCAGGAUGUUAUUAUCGUAACUGGAAGUGGACAUCAUACCAAAGGCAAAAAGACACCAGCCCGACUGUAUCCUGCAGUGGAACAUUUUUUGUUGUCUCGUCAUUACUCAUUUGAAGUUCUCAAAGACACCAACAAGUAUGCAGGUGCCUUCCUCGUCCAUCUCCGGUAGCCUUCUUGCCAAUGAAGGCUACUGGCAUUGCACUUUGUUUUAUUUUAUAUAUCUUUCCAGAAACUUGCGAUGAAAUUCGUUGCGGACAGUAUCAUUAAU